AUGAAAUUCUUUAUAUUAUUGAUAUUAUUGGGUAGCUCGAGUUUGAUUUUCGUCAAUUUAAAGGAAGCUCUUCAUCAUGGGCCUUUGAUCAAGGACUUCUACGAUAAGUAUAAAUCUGAUGGAGUGUGGAUAAUAUUGGGAUCGAAUAAUUUAUUAUUUGAAAAAACUACGAUCUGGCAUGGGGUAAUUAAGAUGCUCUCCAAAGAAGGAAUAUCGACACGGAUUGCUGAUUUCGAUGCAUUCAAAUUUAUGUUAAAGACCGUCAACGAAAACAAUAUGCGUCCACUUAUUGUACUCGUGAUGAAUGCGAUCGAAGAAUUAUGGACUUUUGAAUCAAUUGUCAAGAAAUUCUAUGCAGAUUAUACUACUUGGUUGAUACUUUUUACGGGCGAUAGUAGUCAAGAUGUCUGCGGAUUCUGUCGUAAACCGUAUGGAAGUUUAGCAAAUCCGAAGUUCAGUUCAAAAGUGUUCACUCUGUGCUGCGACUCAGAAGUAAUUAUGGAAUGGCGGUAUAGCGAGACAAAUCGCAGCCGAAGAUUGGAAGUUGGUCGACUCGUGGAUGGAAAUCAGGGAAUUGUGUGGUCCUCCGAUGAGUUGGAUUAUAAUAGUAAAUACUCAAUGGAUGGAAGAACAUUGCGUGUUGUCGGAGUCAGGAUGUCUAUGUUGUUGCGGGAAAAAAAUGGCAAGCUUUCGGGAAUUCUAGGUGAAUUGCUAAUAGAAUUGUCAAAGGCAAUGAAUUUCACGAUAUCAAAAAUAAUGUGGGAAGACGAAUUCGGAGUAUGGGAUGCAGAGAAGUCGAAUUGGACUGGAGCAAUUGCAAGAAUCCAUCACCGAGAAGUUGACAUUGGUGUCUCUAACUUCAUUAUGACUCUUCAGCGAUACGAUGCGGUUUCCUUUACAACCCCAAUUUUGUUUGGACCACUAAAAUUUCAUUUCAAGAAACGCGAUAUUAAUUACCUAACGUGGAAUGCUUAUUUCAAGGCAUUGGCAAUAGACGUUUGGAUGGCUACUAUUGGUCUGAUCCUGAUAACGCCUAUCUUGUUGACUCUCAUCAGAUACAGAAGAAGAGAUCAUUUUUUUCCUCUUCUCUUGGAACACUAUUCAUAUAUCUGGGGUAUUUAUUGUCAACAAAGCUUGCCAGAUUGCCCCAAAGGAACAUCUCUGAGGAUUAUUUAUUUAUCGAUAUUGAUAUCGGCGAUGGUCACGUUCGGCGGAUAUUCUGGAUCGAUGAUCAGUAGCCUCACCGAGUAUUCAGGUUCACCAUUCAAUACAAUGGAAGAUUUCAUAAAAGAUGGCUCUUAUAAAAUCAUAUUUUUAGAUCCUACCCUGAUCAAUGAUAUAUACACGUUUCGAGACGUGAGUCUCAGGAAGAAAAUGAUGUCCCUUUUGAAACCAUCCCAUUCGCUCCCUAAAAACAUUGAAGAAGCAUUCCACCAGGUAUGCAACGAGAGAGUAGCAUUUUUCCUGGCCGAUGUCAUGAAGAAAGAUGUAGUUAAUGAUAUACCUUGUGAAAUCUAUUCCGUCGGGACUGGAUCAAUAGGAACCAUAGCAAUGAUCGUGCCUUUGGGGAGCAGAUAUUUGGAUCCUGUUAAUUACCAUCUUCAACGGUUCAAACGCAAUGGAUUGUUAGAACGAUUAAAGCAUAAAUACUUCAAGUUAUCACAACGAAGAAGAUCCAAUCAUCCACUAGUGACAGUGGAAGCAAUCGUACCGAUUCUGUUAAUCUUAGCUGUUGGACUCUUGAUCACCAUUGUUAUUUUCAUCGCCGAACGACAUGCUGCUCAUGUGUUGGUAACGAAGUUACGUGAUCGAAGAGAACUCAAGGUUUCUUUAAGAAAACGCAAGAGUUUUUCAUUUCCAAUGUACGACUAUGUACCCUGA